AUGGCUAUUCACUCCUCUUCUAGGAAUUGUUGUCCCAUUCCAGUUAAGAACAGCAUUGUGGGAGUUUGGAAGUCCAUUGCGGGCUUAAACUCCCACUUUGCCCCACUUGACGUUUCGUUGGAGCGUGUCAUUACAGGUUCAGUUGGCAAUGGAGCUUCCCUUUGCUUUUGGAUUGAUCCCUGGAUUGGAGACUCCCCAUUAUUUUUAGCAUACCCUGAGUUAUUUAGAUUAGAAAGACAAAAGAAUUGUCGAGUCAGAGAUAGAUGCACAGGAGCUGGAAGAUUUUCUCAAUGGGAGUGGGAGUGGACUAAUGCUCCCUCAACCCCUCUUGAACUGUUUCAAUUACAAGAUUUACUGUCACGAAUAAGCCAAGUCUCACUUACAGAUAAGGAAGAUAGCUGGAGAAGCACGAUUGAUCCUGAUGGAAUUUUCUCGGUCAAAUCAAUUAAGAGAUGCAUCAAAGCUACUGUACACGGCCCCAACUGUUGGAUUUUUCCGUGGAACAAACUCGCGCCUCUGAAAGUAAACAUUUUCUGCUGGAGAUUAGAGAUGAAUCGGAUCGCCACUUCUGACCUGCUGCAAAACAGAAACAUUGUUGUCCCUUCUUCUCUUUGCAUCUUAUGUAAGGCCAUGAAUGAAACUGCCAAUCACCUUUUCCUACAUUGCGAUUUCGCUGAGCAAUUAUGGGGAUUCAUUCGAUCAUGGGUGAAGCUACCUGUAUCCAAUCCGGAAAGCAUAAAAGAACUCCUUGAGUAUCACAAAGUCCUCGUGAUACCUCAUGGAAAAAGAGAGCUGUUAAAUGUUAUCAUUUUAUCCUGCUGGACUUUAUGGAAGACCCGGAACGACUGCAUAUUCUCUGGAAAGCCUCCCUCAACAAGACAAGCGGCCAAAAAUAUAAAGAGCAAUAGCUUUCUGUGGAUUACUAACCGAUCAAAGGCUCGUGAUAUUAAUUGGUCUCAAUGGAGCAGCUUCUCAUUCUAA